GAGCUCGAGCACUUUAGCAGUUUAGCUCAAUCACUGAACAGGCGUGACUUCUACGGAGCAACUUAUGAGUUUUUCUUUUUGUUUUUUUCUUAUUGUCUUGAAAGAAUACCAGUCUUCCAUUUAAACUCUUCACUAAUCACCAUUAUUAAAUGAUGAUUUUGGGCUGAAUUGGACCACAACAAUCGUAAAUGAACCAUCGUUGCCCAUAAUUAUAAUUAAGGAGUGUUGGGUUCAAAAUUUGGAUUAGGUUCUCAGAGUGGGGCCCCCUCCUUCUUCUCCGCCAGAUCUCCUCAUCGCCCCCCACCCCCCUUCUCUCUCUCUCUCGUGGAUUCGGUUUCAGCUUCUCUGCAAUAAAUAACAUUUGCUUCCAUACGGUGUCGUCUCGUCGUUCUGACCUAAACCUCUCUCAGAUUAGCAACUACACAGUGUCUUUGCAGCUGAAAUUCAGACUCACCAAACAUGUGCCGCCAAAAUUCUCCCGUUCACCAUUCCGGCGACGAAGACACCGCCGCCGACGAGAGCCUCUUGAUUUACUGCAAGCCUGUUGAGCUUUACAACAUCCUCUACCGUCGCUCACUUCACAACCCUUCAUUUCUUAGGAGAUCUCUGCGGUAUAAAAUAAAAGCAAGGCGUAAAAGGAGGUUGAGGGGAGGAAUUGUGAUUUUCAACUACAGGGAUUGUUACAACAUGAUACGAAAGACUGAAGUGACUGAACAUUUUUCUUGUCCAUUUUGCUUGAUGCAAUGUGCCAGCUUUAAGGGUUUGCGAUUUCAUCUUUGUUCAUCACAUGAUCUAUUCAACUUUGAGUUCUGGGUGACUGAUGAUUACCAAGCAGUUAAUGUCUCUGUAAAAAUUGAUAUAUUGAGAUCAGAGAGUGUUGCUGACGGAGUAAAUCCACAAUCACAAACCUUCAUCUUCUGUUCAAGACCCCGAAAACAUUUACGAAAGGACUCUGUUCAAAAUGAAAAACGAGCCAAUGUAAAGUUCCUAGAGUUGGACUCACCAGAGGGAACACAGAAUGGAUUUCUAGAGAAGAAUGAUGAUAUCCUUUCCUACAAAGGGGAGAAUAUGUCUAAAACAUGUCAUAUUCAGAAGAAUUUACAAAUGGAAAAACAAGGUGUCGAAAGAUUUGGUCCCGAUGUUCCUGGCACUGCAGACUGCCUCGAAUAUGUUGCAUCCAGUUUCAACAUUCAAGGUGUUUCAAUUGCCAUGCCGCAAUCUUCAGGAGAUCCAGAAACUAGUAAGUCAGUAUAUAGAAGUGAUCCUGCUGUGCCUGCUAAAACAAAGAAGUUAAACAUGGAUCGAUCUGACUCAAAAAACCGAAUGCUCCUGCAGAAGAGACAGUUCUUUCACUCACAUAGAGUUCAGCCUAUGGCUCUAGAACAAGUGUUAUCAGAUCGCGAUAGUGAAGAUGAAGUUGAUGAUGACAUUGCAGAUCUUGAAGAUCGAAGGAUGCUUGAUGAUUUUGUGGAUGUUUCCAAAGAUGAAAAGCAACUCAUGCAUCUGUGGAACUCUUUUAUGAGGAAGCAAAGAGUGCUGGCUGAUGGCCAUGUUUCGUGGGCAUGUGAGGCAUUUUCCAAGCUUCACGGAAAAGAGCUAAUCUCAUCCCCAGCUUUAUUUUGGUGUUGGAGGUUAUUCAUGAUCAAACUUUGGAAUCACGGUCUUCUUGAUGCUUGCACAAUGAACAACUGUAGUAUAAUAUUAGAUAGUUACAGAAAUGAAGGGUUGGAUAACGGCAAGAAGUAGAAGAUCAGGAGGAAAUCGAUUCAGCUACAAAAAUUUAGUCUUACAUGUCUUGUAUUCUGCCUUAUUGCAAGUCCCCAUUUUCCAUUUAUUUUAAUAAUUUAUUAUUAUUGUUAAUCAUUUUACUGUACAUUGUAUUAAUCUUCGCAAUGUAUGAAUCUGAAAUUUAGGUAGAUUUCCUCAAA